AUGGCCCAAACAGAGAGCUACGCGCAUCCGCCAGCAAAAAGGCAAAGCCAGAUGAAGAUCGAUGCAUUGCUCAACCCCUCAAGUGAUGAGAUGGAGUACACCUCCACAGACUCCCCAUACUCACAGCACGCGACAUUACCACCUUCGUUACACAGCUCCGGCUACACACCUUCACCAGGCUACCCCCCAAGCCCGAACCAGUACUGGUACGGUAGAUACCACGGCUACCACGACACAAGCCCUGGUGCCGCGUCAACAGCUACAACACACGUCAGCAGCAAUUCAAGCAGCAGCAUGAACCCGCAACAGCACCACAUGUUCCUGUCGUACAGACCUGGCCCUGGCUCAGCGCACUCUUCACCAGACCCGUACCACCCACGCGAGCGCUACGACUCCGUCUCCAGUAGCUCCAGCAACAACGGUACUGAUCGUCGUCGGCCUCCUCGCCCAAAGUACGAAGAAGAGGAGAUGUACUUCAUCUGGUACCACCGUGUUGAUCUCUGUCAGGAGUGGAAGGAGGUGCGCGAGAGCUUUAAUCGCCAGUUUCCUUCUAGGCAGCGUCGUGGGUUCCAGGGUAUUCAGUGCAAGUUCUAUCGCUUUAUUAAGGAGAAGAGCUGUCCUACGCUACGGGAGCAGAGGAGGAUGCGCGAUGGGGAGUUUCUGCGUGAUGGUGCUGCUUUGGGUGGUGAGGGUGGUGCGCCUCGCUUUGGAGUCAUGGAGUGGUCCAAUGUUUGGUAUCCUUGGAUGAGGGAGGAUCGGGAGACUGUGCUGCGCCAACAGCAGGAGCAUCAGCAGCGGAUGGCUGCUGGUGGUGUGUGA